UUCAUCACAAUCUCUUGAUUCGUUGUAUAUAAUCACAGAUGUUGAUCCAUGAAUUUAAAAUAUUUUAUAAUUCACUAGUCUAUUAGUUCUUAAGGAUAUUGAACUAUUCCAAAACAGUUAUGCGAAAUUAAUUUGCAGUACUGUUUUCAAUAGACCCUUCCGUUCAUGUCUGGGAUGUCCGUUUGUGUAAAAGUGAAAUCACGCAAUUCGAGUUCCGCGAAUGAUGUUACCAUUUAUGACUUUGCUAACUCCCUGAAAACUGGGGCUCGGUUUUCUAAGGCAAAUAAGCUAGCUAUUUGUACGGUUACCGAUGAAGAGGCUGAUGAUGAGACUCCUGACAAUGGCUCUAGAAAAAUUACAGAAGAUUUAACCGCACGGGACACCUUGUAUGCUGAUUACGUUAUUGAUAUUUGGUAUCUAAUAUCGGAAUACAUUCACCCGGAAGAUAUUGCCCGCUUCGCGCUUAUCUGUCGCAAAACGGCGGAAGUUGUUCAAUCUGCUAAGUUCUGGAAACACCUAUACUGGAAACACUAUAGUCACAAUAUAGAACUCCCGCGACGACUCCAGCCGGAGUUUAUGGUGCUACAGCGAGGUCUACGAGCGCGUACAAUACGAUCUCUUUUUUACUUCUAUACGCCUUUUAUCAAUCGCAUUACUGCGACAUCGUUUACCGAUCCUCAUCGGGUAGAAGGUCGGCAGAUGAUAUAUUCCUGGUAUUCGAAAAACAAAACGGGUUGGAACUACUAUUUUAAGCUGAGGACACGGCUCAUCACAGGAAGUCGCGCUGCAAAAUCGGCUAUGUUGCAACGAUCGAAGGACUCGCUCGAGUACUUGCAAGAUACGUACAUGAAUCCUGAAGAAGGCUGCCAAAUUCUCAUCGUAAUAACGGAUUCGAUUCAUAUUAUUCCUCAAUUUCACGAGCAGUUGUAUGUCAAAUCGAUCACGCAAACGUUGGCUCAAGGGAUGACGAAGUACAAAGUGAGGCUGCAACUGGCUAACUACUGCCAGCGAGUUGUGGACGAACUCACAUUCGUACCAGUUCGACAGGUACGUGUUUUGGAUUGGUGGAAUCCUGAGUACUAUCGUGAGGAUUCGACAAUCAGCGAGCGGGAUCUAAUAUCGGAGGAGCAUGAAGAUGAGAUGAGUAACGAAUAUUGGGAUGACUAGUUGGGAGGAAACAUUCUGUAUAUAUAUGUUAAAUAUAUGAUAGAAAAAUCA